CUGCCACAUCGCCUCACGGACAGACAUGGAAGGAGGUUGGAGUAGGUCGCCUCUGGAGACCAAGGAUGAGAAACUCAACAUGAGUGCGUCGGACGUGUACAGAGAAUUGCCGUAUCACCUUCCACGAGGCGUCUCUCAAGAUGGCGUGCCAUUGGUGGUGGCAUCGUUCGACGAAUCGAUCGCGUCCUUGUCCCCGGCAAAUGAAGAUGAUGAAACGCAAAUGCAGGAAAGCUCUGGCGCCAAUUGGGACAAGACACAGAACCUCGAGUCCGUUGAUCCACCGCGUCAACAGACGCGUGACGAUACUGAGGAUGUCUCAGACGCGGAAACCCAUAUCUUCAGCGAUGAUGACAUGGAACUGACACAGAUCAUCGCCGAUGACGACAUUGACGGCUGCGACGUAAGCGUGAAUCGUCAAGAGUCGUUGCAUCGUGCAUGCCAUGAUUCAAGGAAUGUCGAAACCGAAGGCACAGUGCUGCUGUUGUCACCAUCAGGCCCAGGUGGGGUUGGCUCAACUGCAGUUGUCAAAGGCGACUCCAUUGCAAACUACGAUGCAACUCAACACAUCUUUGAGCCUUCUGCUGAAGUACCGUCAUCGGGAAAUGCAGAACUACUGUUUUUGGUCCAUCACGACAAGCAAGAUAUCGGCGCCAACAGUAUUGCAUCGUCCACCACAACGUUGUCGUCUAUGCCAGCCGCUCCAGUCUCCACAUGCGACAACGAUCUAGAGCCUUCAGGGGUGACAUAUGUCCCUCAGAGUCUGCAUAAAUCAGCGGUAGACUCUAUCGUGCGAGAAACACCCAGCUCGACAACUGGUGUGGUCACGACCUCGACGUCGACCCCGCUGCAUUCCUUACCACGUGAACCAGUCUUUGAAACAGAAAGCUCUUCGAUGUCCAUCGACCAAGCCACCGCCGAUCCACUACCUACUGCGAUGUACUUGCACCGGCGGGAAAAAGACACGCCAUCCGCCAUGGAAUUCCAUUCUCCCGUCGAGAAACUCCCUGUGGUUGCCGCCUCAUUUGACUUUGACGAGCAGUCGGAAUCAUCGCAAUCCCAGUCAGCGUCGAAAAAAAGACCGUUUGCGUACCUGGACCAUGACCAUUCGCAGUCGCAACAGGACUCUCAAGCCAGUCCACCCGACUUGCAUAGACUCGCAGCCACGACGCUGCAUGCGGCGAUGCACGUGCAGGGAUAUACCUCUCCGUGGACUCGGCAGCUGGAAGACCUUGACCAGAAGGGCGCCAAGAUGUCAUUUGUUACCCCGCCCAAGCCGCCAAGGUCGUCGAGAUCAACACCAAUGACGACUUCAUCGCCGUUGGCCUCAGAAACGAGAAACGUCAAGCGAAAAGCGCCUGCCAAGGACCAUUCGCCAAUUCCGCCGCGAACUGCUUACGCCACACGCGUCAAAUGCUUCACCGACUUGCACUUUUACCUGAGCGGGUUUCAGGACGUUGCGAGCGGCCAGCUGGUCAGUCAAAUCACGUCGUAUGGUGGCAAGAUUGUCAAGGACAUUAGUCAAAUGAAAAAAGUCCAAGAUCGGUGCUAUGUGGUCGCGACGGCCGAAGCUAGUCGGCGGCCAAAGACUUUGUACGCCAUGGCGUGCGGCAUUCCGAUCGUGCAUCCCGACUGGCUCGCGGCAUGCUUCCAAUCGCGCGUACUUGUGGAUGUCACCGGAUACUGGAUUCCGUCGGGGUUUUCGUGGAUUACACGGCGCAGCAUUGUCCACAUUCCACGGCAGCAACAAACGAUAUUUCAUGGCUUGCGCUUUGGGAUCCCAUACGACACACCCAACAAAAAGCGCAAAGAAUACCAGCGAUCCAUUGCGUCCAUCAUGAAGUUUCCUCUCGAGCAUUGCGGCGCUGUGUUUGUGAAAAUGAAUAUUGCAAGGAAAGCGAUCGAAGACGGCACUGUCGACAUACUCUUGACGAACGAAAUCACCCCAUUGUGCGAGCUCGCCCAAGACCAUAGCAUUCCGUCCGUGCGGUUCUUAUGGGUCAAUGAAUGCCUGAUUCACCAGAAAUUGGUGGACACGAGCGAGCCGAAUUUAGUCCCCGACACGUAUGGUAGCAAUGGGACGUUGAAUUCCCGCGUGAUGGAAGUAAUCUUGCCCACCGAAGCCUCCGGCUGUGCUUAGGCGAAAUGGUGUUUGUCGAUUUGGACAAUCGACCACACGAUUUGCUGUACCACGUUUGCCAAGUCGUGCGCCUUGACGAAGCCGACGACGGCGCCGUGUCGAUUCAAGUCCAGGUUUAUCGAAGAAACAUCCAGUCGGGCCAUGUGCGAAGUCAAGAACUCACGCCGACGCGGCAAGUCCUCAAGAUCGAACCAACUCAAGUCAAGCGAAAGGCGUCGCUCUUGUCGUACGACGACUACCAGCGGCUCACGUACAUGGACAGCAGUUUGUUUUAUAUGCGACAAAACACUUAGAGGAACGGGAGGAUUGUGAUUUUGGUCGUGGCCGCUUGGUCUUGGGUGACUUGGCGCAGUCGACCGGGCACGAACAGGUGAAACCAUUGCUAAGCAAAGCAACGACCGCAGUGUACAUGUUUCGAGUUGC